GGUAGAACUUCCGCAGUGUUGUUAUGGCGACGUUGUACACACACAGGCUCUGUGUAGUACAACAAACGUGUUUGGAUACAGGCGUGGAGGAAAGACUACUGUGAAACGCAACGCAAAUAAAAAAUGAGUACAGCAUCUUUGCCAAGAAUCAACACGUCCUUCUUCCCAAAGAUAAUCACCGCUGAAAACCACUCGCGUUUUCACCAACAGCGCCAAAACGGGGGACACGGGAAUGUGGAAAGCGGAAAGCAAAGUGGAAAGGCACAACCCUUGAAAGGCAAUGACAAACAACCACGAUUUACCAAGCAAGACAUUGCAGUUAUGCUUUCUUUUUUCUCUAUUCCCAGUUACAGGAAUUCACACAAACACAACAUCUGCGUAGACAUGCUGCGCAAGGGUUAUCACAAGUCCUUCUCUGAGCUCUUCGCUCUGAUCCAGAAGUGGAAUGCCUCUAGGGAGGCUGCAGGGCCUGGGUCAGCCAUAUGGCAGCAGGAGCCCCUUGAGGAGCAGCUUGAUAAGCUGGAUCAGCUUCAGCACUUCCUGACCAGGGCUGAGGCAGCCCAGAGAGCAGGUCGUUAUGAGGAGGUUUACACAAAUCAGGUGUCAUUGGCACGCUAUUUUGAUAAUUCAGAAGACAAAUGGCUGUCGGAUCACUUUUUCGAGUCCAGUCUUCACACUGCCUCCCUAAUUAAGAUUGAUGGUGGCAAAAAAGAAGCCGAAGCCCAUUCAAACAUGGGUAAAGUCUACAUGGAAAAAGGUCAGCUGGAGAAAGCCACUGAACAUUAUGAAGCAUUCCAUCAUCUGACAUUGGGGCGGGCAUGGAAGGAUGAGGCAGGGCGUACUCACAACUCGUGGGCCUGUGAAGGUCUCUGGAGGAUUUACACAUUACUCGCAGACAAAAUGCUCGAAAAUAAAGAACACAAGCAGGCCAUCAAAACUAUAAUAAAAGCCUUUGAAAUGGCAAAAGAAGCGGGUGAUAAAAAGAUAGAAGGAAAGGCUGCUUACCGCGUAGGACUAGCUUAUCAAAGUUCUGGAGAUCAACAAACGGCUAUGACUUAUUUGAAUAUGUAUAUGGAACUCUCAAAGGCUCUGGGAGAUAAAGAUGGCCUAGGUAAAGCCUAUAAAGCAAUUGCCAAUGCUCUAGAAAGUGAAGGAAAAGUUGCAGAGUCUGUUGAAUACCUGGAGAAGUUUGUUGAGGUGUCACAAGGAAGUGACCAGAGUCGAAGUUUAGAAGAAGCUUGUAUGUGCCUGGGAGUCAUUUUCAAUUCCAGAGGUCAAUAUGACAAGGGCUGUGAGUAUUUCGCGAAGGCUUAUGAGAUCACCAGGAACUUAAGAGAUCUGCCACUGCUACAGAAAACACAGGUGUACCUUGGUGCUGCCAAAGCCCGCAAGAUGAUGACAGCGUUUAGCAGUCAUAUGGAAACAACUGGACUUGUCAACACAGAGGAGCUGCUGGCAUGGAAGGAUAGUCGAAAUGACAUGUUCAGCGAUCCAAGUACAGUGUGUGCUCCAGUUUCCUUCCACAGUCUGAAGACACACUGAAAGAAAAAAGGAGGCAAGGAAAAACCGAAAGGAUCAACUACAGAUGAUACAGAAUAGGAGAAUCACCAGUGAGCACCUCAUUAGUCACAAAAGAUCAGAAAGAAUCAGAUAAAUAAAUGCCUCUGUCGGUCUCCA